CUCUUCCCAGGCCUUCGCCGCGCCCGGCGGCCGCGGCGGAUGACGUCAGCAGCCCGCGCCGCCAGAAGGUCACACGGGCUUUUCCAACAUGGCGGCGGCGGCGCUGCGAGGUGGCUGGUGCCGCUGCCCGCGGACAUGUCUCAGCAGCAGAGCCCCGUUUCUUUCCAGCCAUGCCCUCAUGCCACCCCCUCAUGGUACCUAUCAGCUGCGCCAACCUGGCAGAGAGCUACCCCUGUCCAGAUCCUAUUCUUCUGGAAACAGAAAAGGUUUCCUCUCGGGUUUGGUCGAUAACAUCAAACAAGAGCUCGCCAAGAACAAGGAAAUGAAAGAGAGCAUCCAGAAAUUUCGCGACGAGGCUCGGAAGCUUGAGGAAUCCGAUGCGCUCCAGGAAGCCCGGAGGAAAUACAAAACCAUCGAGUCGGAGACAGUCCGCACAGGCGAGGUGAUCCGGAAGAAGCUGGGGGAGCUCACGGGCUCCGUGAAGGAGAGUCUCGAUGAAGUCAGUAAGAGCGACCUGGGCCGGAAGAUCAAGGAGGGCGUGGAAGGGGCCGCCAAGACGGCGAAGCAGUCGGCAGAGUCGGUGUCCAAGGGCGGUGAGAAGCUGGGCCGCACGGCCGCCUUCAAAGCCCUGUCCCAGGGUGUGGAGUCGGUGAAGAAGGAGAUUGACGAGAGCGUGCUGGGCCAGACUGGGCCCUACCGGCGGCCCGUGAGGCUUCGCAAACGGAAGGAGUUCGCCGGCGAGAAGCUCAAGGAGGAGAAAGUGUUCGAGCCCAACGAGGAGGCCCUGGGCGUCGUCCUACACAAGGACUCCAAGUGGUACCAGCAGUGGAAAGACUUCAAGGACAACAACGUGGUGUUCACGCGCUUCUUCGAGAUGAAGAUGAAGUACGACGAGAGCGACAAUGCGUUCAUCCGGGCCUCCCGGGCACUGACGGACAAGGUCACGGACCUGCUGGGGGGCCUGUUCUCCAAAACGGAGAUGUCGGAGGUGUUGACCGAGAUUCUGCGCGUGGACCCCGCCUUCGACAAGGACCGCUUCCUGCAGCAGUGCGAGAACGACAUCAUCCCCAACGUGCUGGAGGCCAUGAUUUCUGGAGAGCUUGACAUCCUCAAAGACUGGUGCUAUGAAGCUACCUACAGCCAGCUGGCCGUGCCCAUCCAGCAGGCCAAGGCCCUCGGCCUGCAGUUCCACUCCCACGUCCUGGACAUUGACAACGUGGACCUGGCCAUGGGCAAGAUGAUGGAACAGGGCCCGGUGCUGAUCAUCACCUUCCAGGCGCAGCUGGUGAUGGUGAUCAAGAACCCCAAAGGCGAGGUGGUGGAGGGCGACCCGGACAAGGUGCUGCGCAUGCUGUACGUGUGGGCGCUGUGCCGCGACCAGGACGAGCUCAACCCCUACGCCGCCUGGCGCCUCCUGGACAUCUCGGCCUCCAGCACCGAGCAGGUCCUCUGAGCGCCGCGGGCACCGAGCCCAGCGGGACCGGACUCGGCGCCGCUCCCCGCCCACCCCGAGCCAGCCGGACCUGGACGGGGAGCCCGAGGGGCCGCCGCCCCACCGCGCCUGCGCCUGCCCCUGCCCCUGCCCCUGCCCACCCUCCUGGCCUGGGGACUGCUGCAGGGCUGGGGUGGGGGGGUGGGGCAGACCGUGCCAAGAGCCCCGUUCCAGGGACUCCCUCCGUGGGGGCGGGGGCCAGGCCCUUUGAGCUCCGCUCAUUUUUUUAACCAGUGUCCUUACCGUGUACAUACGCUUGAGAUUUGGAAAUAAAGCACCAGCG